AUGAAUAUUUCAAAAGGAAAGCAACAGGGUCAGAAGACAGGUUGUAAAUUAAAUAUUAUGAUUAGGUCCUCCUAAUUCUAGUAAUUAUGGCCUUGGAAUGUCUGGAAUGGGAAUGUCAGGUAUGGGGAUGUCUGGAAUGGGUAUGUCUGGCAUGGGGAUGUCUAAUGGUAUUCAGAGUGGGAUGAAUAUGUCAGGAACUGGAGGGUUCUCAGGUAUCAGCAACUAACAAAAAUAAUUUGGAAUGUCAAGUAAUAUGUCAGGUAGCAUGGGAUUCUCAAAUAGCUCUGGUUUUAAAUAACCAUAACAAUAAUAAAACCAAAAAAAUAAGUUUGGCUAGCAACAAGGAAUGUUGGGAAUGAAUAAUGCUCAAUAUGCAAAUAUGAAUUAGAUGAAUUAGAUGUAGAUGGGACAAAUGUAAAUGUAAAUGGCAUAAAAUUAAAUGAAAAAAGGAAUGGGACAAAUAGGACCAGGAUAAAUGGGUAUGGGAUAAAUGGGUAUGGGAAUGGGAUAGAUGAACAUGGGUCUCGGCAUGGGAAGUUAAAUUAAUUAUGAGGAUGAUGAAGAACAAGAAUCAAUGCUAUUAGAAGAAGAAAUAGAUGAGCAUUAUAGACCUACUAACCAAGGUAUUAUUUUAAGAUACAAAAUCUUUAGAAAUAAGAGAAUAUGCUUACUUUUUAGGGAUGGAAUUGCCUGAAGAUAAUGAUCUAUUAUAUAUAGCCAGAGAGGGUUUGAUGGCUCCAUUGCCUGAAUCUUGGUAAUUAUAUCCAUAAAUUAAAGGAAACCAUAUCAAAACAGAAAUAAGGAAAUCUCGUAUCUUAACUUAAUCACAAAUGAGAGAAAGGAAGAGCAUCCGUGUGAUGAUUAUUACAAAUAGAUGUUUUAGAAGGAAAAAUAAAAAAAAAUAGAGAAAAUAGCAAGAGAGCAAGCCAAAAUAGUCAAAGAAUCACUUCUUGGCCCAGAAACGAAGGAACCAGAAAUUGCAAGUAUAAAUUAUAGUAUAAUAUUAAGUUUAACCUAUUGUUUAAUCUGAUGUUUUUAAUAGGGCUUAAGAUCCAUUGUUGAAACAAACUUAAGAGAAGAAACUAUAAUAAUAUAGGGAAUAAAAAAAGAAGGAAUUUGAGGAAUAAAAGAAGAAGAUUGAUAAAAAGAUUGAGUAAUUGAAAAAAGAAGCUGAUUAGGAUUAUGAGAAGUAAUUAGCUAAAUUAAAGGAAUCAAUAAAAGUCAAUUCUUCCAAAUAGAAAUAGGAAUUUGAGGAAAAGUUGAAGAAAUUAAAAGAAUAGGAAGAGGAAUAAAUGUUAGAAUUAGAAUAGUAUGAAAGAGUAUCUAGAGCGAGUUUAGAGAAGAACAUUUAAUCGAGGUUGGAUAUUGAAAAAAAGAAUUUGAAAUAAUUAGAAGAGAAAUAAAUGGAGAAGAUAGAUGAGGAAUAUGAGGAAUAAUAUAAGAAUUAGAAGAAGGAUAUUGAAACUAAAUAUGAAAAGGAAUAUUAAUAAUUAGUGGAAUAAGAGAAACAAUUACGCUUUGAAACUACUAAUACUGUGUAUGAUGAGGAGAAAGAAUUGGAAGUGUUGAAGUUAAAAUUCAAGGAGGAGGAAGACAAAAAAUUUGAAGAACUAAAAAAAGCUAAAUAAUAGCAAAUUGAUGAAUAAAUUGAGCAGUUCAAAAGAUAAGAAUAAGAAAAAAUCAAUUAAGAAUUAGCCAUACUUGAGGAAGAAUUGGCCAAGGAGAAAAAAACAAAAUCAACCUUUGAUGAGAAUUAAAUUAGAUAAUAGUAUUAAAAAGAAUUUGAGGAUGAAGAAUAAAGAUUAACUGAAAACUUAAAAUAAAAAUUAGAAAUUGAAAAAAUGAAGAUUAAAAAAUAAAUUAAAGAAUAAGAAUCUAAAUAAAGAAAAGAGAUUGAUGAUCAAAUUAAUAAAGAAUUGAGAAUCCUAGAGUAGUAAUUUGAAGUUGAGAAAAAAAGGAAGGAGGAAGAAUUUGAGUUAGAAAAAUAGAAAAUUGAAGAAAAAGCUAAGGAAGAAUUUUAUAGAUAUAAGAAAAACUUUGAGGACUCUGCUCAACAAUAAGAAUUGUAAAUCAGAGAAUUCUUUGAAUAGGAUUAAUACUCAAAAAAAUAAAAAGAAUAAAGUUUAUUAGAAAAUAUUGAAUAAUUAAAAAAGGAACUCAAUAUUGUUAAAAAUGAGCAUAAUAAAUAUAAAUAAGAAGUGGAAGAAUUGUAGAUUCAAUUAUAAAUAACAAGUUAAUCAAUAGAAUAUGGACAAAUAAUCAACAAGUAAAAAUUUGAAUUAAAAUAAUUGACAAUGUAAGAAAAAUAACUUUUAGAACAAAUUGCUUUCAAAUAGUAGAAAAUUUAAGAAAUUAAAAAGAAUAUCAAUAAUUUUAAUUAUAAUAGCAAGCUGUUUGGGGAAACAAAUUUAUCUGCUUUUGGAUAAUUUGGUGGUUAAAUUGAUAAUCUGAGAAACAAAAUAUCUAAUAACAAAUCUCCUUUUGAAAUAGAAGCUGCAAUUGCUCAAUUGAUGAUUUAAAUUAGAUAGUAGAAGGAUCAAUUGUUGUCAGAUUAAAAGAUGGUGCAAAUGGAUUUGGAUAGGUUGAUGAAAUCAAAGUAGGAAAAUCAAGAUUCUUAUUUGGAAAGCAUGAAAAAUACAGGAAAGGCUAAAUUGGAAUAAAUACAAGAGAAAUUAAGACAAUUAAGGUAUUAUUCUUAUGUAAGUAUAUAGUAAAACCGAACAAUGGGUGAAAGAGAAUUAAUCUGUUCUGAAUCAAUAAUGA